UUUACAUUCAGCGCGUCAAACGAAACACUUCUCCCACCCACCGACGUUACAACUCCAACCAUAUAACUCAGCUUUCAGCGCGCUUAUCCCAAACGUACUACAUCAAACUAUCUACGACCUCCUGCACUCAACAAAUCCGAGAACGUAGAAGCUGCUAAAAUGGGUGACGACAUGGAAGUCGACAAUGCGCCCCUCUCGCCUCAGCAGGAGGAUGCUGCUGCCUCCGGCGGCGCCAACGCCAACUCCGCCAAGGUCGCGGCCAUGCAAACCCACACCAAGGCGACUGCCGUGCGCUCCAUCGAAGGCUGGAUCGUCAUGGUGACCAACGUACACGAGGAGGCCGAUGAGGAAGCCAUCCAGGACAAGUUUGGCGAGUUUGGCGAGAUCAAGAAUUUGCAUCUCAACUUGGACAGGCGAAGCGGUUACGUCAAGGGCUACGCAUUGAUUGAGUAUCCGACGCUUGAGGAGGCGCGCGCCGCCAUCGACGGUGCCCACGAGACGAAGCUCCUCGACCAGACCAUUCAGGUGGACUUUGCCUUUGUGCGACCACCCCCAGGCAAGACCGGCGGCGGCGGCGGCCGUGGUGGAGGUGGUGGUGGUGGCGGCGGCGGACGCAACGGUCCUGGCAACCGCAAUAGGGGUGGUCGGAGUAGGAGCCGCAGCCCCGUAGGCAGGGACGAGUGAUGACGGGAUAAAACAACUCGAUGCGUCUUUGUCUUGCGCGAAAAAUGGGAUGGGAGGAAGGAAAUGCCCUUUGAAGCCUGGGCAUAUGGCUGCUAAAUUCCCGCUAACUACAACACCAAGGAGUAUCCAGCCAGCUGGAGUUUUCCAAUGACGGGUGGAAUCAUACUGGAAUAGCAAGGCUUGCUGCAGCGCUAUGUUGGUCCUCAACCGAACGGACAAUAGCCAAAAUGGACGGGAAUCGAUGAGAACAGAGGAUACAAGAACAUUGGAGAGAGAGUCGGGUUCAGGUAGAGACAACCUGUAAACCAAGAACUACGCUCAAGUAGCCGAUGUGUCGUCAAAAGAGAGCAAAAUCAAGGACACGUCGGCGCGUUGCCACGAUCUUAACAGGACAUCAAAUUGGCCUCGUAAAACAUUGCUAUACGAAAGUAUUUACUGUGAUGAUAUCUAGCAUUAAGAGAGUCGGGGCUUGCUUAGAUGCAUGCAUCAACUCUUCAUUGGGUUUCCACACAAUGAUGAGUCUGCAACACCAGGCAGCGGCACUCGCGUGAAAGACCGUCUGAGCCGCAUAAAGCCCUCGGUAAG